AACACAAUUACAUAUAAAUUAGUAAAUUUUAAUUAUCUUUUUUCCCCUAAAAAAAUUGACCAAAUUCCCGCCAAAAUCAAAAGCUUUGACUGAUUCCAACAACUAAUGAAAGAAGUGUGCCACGUAGGACUAACCGAUGCUCCCCACUUUUCCCACUCUUCAACUCCCACUCCUCUUCUGCUUCUAUAUAUACACACACAAGCACACACUCAUCGCCACCGAAAAAAAGAGUUAGAGAGAGAAAGAGAGAGAGAGAGAGAGAGAGAGAGAGAGAGAGAUUUAUUUGCAGUAUAGAAAAAAGUGAGAGAUAUAUUAUUAUUUAUUAAUUACAAUGACUUCUUCUUCAUCAUCAGCUACCUCAAAGACCUUCAACAACAUGCUCCUCUCCGCCCUUAUCGCCGCCACCAUGGCGGCGGUUCUGGUCUCCGGUUUCCAGUACCCAGUCGGGGAGAAGACGGGGUGGAAGAAACCCACCGGAAAAGAGACGGAGACGUACAACGAAUGGGCCGCGAAGAACAGGUUCCACAUCGGAGAUACAGUCAAUUUCAAGUACCAAAACGACUCCGUUUUGGUGGUGAGCCCCGUCGGUUACCUCACCUGCAACACCACGAACCCCAUCUCGAGAUUCGACGACGGCGACACCGUUUUCCAGUUCGACCGACCGGGUUUUUUCUACUUCAUCAGUGGUGAACCGGGUCACUGCAAAUCGGGUCAGAGGCUUAUUGUUCGUGUGAUGCAUCCUUCUCAGGCGCCCGAAGUUUCGCCUUCUCCGGCUCCGUCUCCCACCGGCGGUUCCGGCCGCGAUGGAGGCGGUGGUUCUGGGUCGCCGGGAGUUAGCGCCGCCGUGAAGGUGACGGUUGUUUCUUGCUUCGUGGCUGCUGUUGUCGGACUUUUCGUUGUCUAUCUUUUCGUGUAGGAGUUUUUAGGAUUAGUUUUGUUUUUAUUUAUUUAUUAUUAUUAUUAUUAUUAUUUUAUAUUUAUUUUCCUUAGGAUGAUUUAAUUGUUGGUUGGAUAUUUUGCUUAGGACGAUUUGUUAUUUGUUUUCUUGAAAAUUGUUUGGUUAUUAUUUAUUUGAUUAAUGGCAUUUAUUUUAUUUU